CACAAAACCGGCAGGACAACCUGAAGGACACACAAAAUGUGAACUUUACAACACAGAAAAUUACUUUGAAGUGAUUUUUUUUUACAUGCUGUAGAGGUUCUGGAGUGUUGUCUCAUGGGCCAACACACAAGUGGACUUCAGCGGAGGGGACAUCUUUGUUUUUAAAACCACACUGCACGGUCACUCGUGCAGAGAGAGACAAGAUGCAUGCGGGCAAAGCUUUGCUGUGCGUCCUCCUCCUCCUCCACUGCGCCACCCCGAGCUCUCCUCUGUCCACCUGCGCCACCGUGGACAUGGACCACAUCAAAAGGAAGAGGGUGGAGGCCAUACGUGGUCAGAUUCUCAGCAAGCUCAGGCUGACAAGCCCCCCUCAGUCCCAGGGACCUGCUAAGAUCCCCUACCAGGUCCAAGCGCUCUACAACAGCACCAAGGAGCUCCUGGAGGAGCUGGGUCGGCACCGGCAAGAGACAUGUGGUCCAGACAAUACCGAGACCGAGUAUUACGCCAAAGAGAUCUACAAGUUCAACAUGGUCUUUGGACCCACUGAGAGCAAUGAUCUGUCCUACUGCCCAAAGGGCAUCACGUCCAAGGUGUUCCGCUUCAACGUCUCUGCCAUGGAGAGGAACUCGACCAACCUCUUCAGGGCAGAGUUUCGAGCACUGCGGGUUCCGAACGCGAGAGCCAGGCGGAACGAACAGCGGAUCGAGCUCUACCAGAUUGUGAGGCCCAAUGAACAUAUCAGGAAGCAACGCUACAUCAGCGCCAAAAACGUGCUGACCAAAGGGACUCCUGAAUGGGUCUCCUUUGAUGUGACUGAAACAGUACGAGAAUGGCUGCUCAACAGAGGAAGUAAUCUCGGUCUGGAAAUCAGCGUGCACUGUCCCUGCCACACUUUCAGUCCUAAUGGCGACAUCAUCGACAACGAGAACGAGGUCCUGGAGGCCAAGUUCAAAGGUGUGGAUGGAGAGGAGGAACAAAGUCGCUUGGACCUCAGCCACCUGAAGAGGCUCAAGGAGCAGAACCUGCCUCAUUUGAUCCUCAUGAUGAUACCGCCUCAUCGCCUGGAGAAGCAGUCCACACACAGACGCAAGAGAGCGUUGGAUACCAACUACUGCUUCUCAAACACAGAAGAGAGCUGCUGCGUUCGCCGCCUCCACAUCGAUUUCCGGCGUGACCUGGACUGGAAGUGGAUCCAUGAGCCCAGUGGCUACGAUGCCAACUACUGCUCGGGUCCAUGCCCCUACCUGAGAAGCUCAGACACGCCGCACAGCUCGUUGCUGAGCCUGUACAACACCCUCAACCCGGAAGCCUCGGCCUCCCCAUGCUGCGUCCCUCAAGAACUGGAACCCCUCACCAUUCUUUACUACUCUGGACGGACCCCCAAAGUGGAGCAGUUGUCCAACAUGAUCGUCAAGUCUUGCAAAUGUAGCUGAGGAGGCAGGAUGACGACGGAUGGGCUUAGCACUGAUACAAAACCCCAACCUGACUUUUGGGAUUGGGAGAUUUGGGAUGAAAGUCUUGACUUUUGUUUUCCGAGUCAAUUCAGGAUGUCGUGCGUAUUUGAAAAUCACAGAAAAGACAAUGGAAUAUUCCACCAAAUAUUAGGUACCAUGAGAUCCAGCAGAGCUGGAACAGAGGCAGGACAGAAGGUGUCAAGUCAAACACCUGACUCCUCAGUUCUCCCGCCCUGUUCCCGCUGCUAUUUUAUACGUCACCCAUCGUUGACCUGAAAAGGUCCGGGCAAAUAGAUGCUGGAUGGACUCUUAUUCAGCAGUUUUCCGUGUAACUGUCAGGAGCCCCUUUCACACUGCUUGUAAAAGCCGGCAUUUUUUCACCUUUCGUCUCCAGUGUCACUUCUCUGUAAGAUCAGAAAAAUACAGGCCAUGAACCUUUCAGCUGGAACGUAAGUAAGUGCAUUCCACAAUGCCAGCACCACACACCUGCACUGUGUAAAAGCCACGGGUGAAAAAAUGCCGGGUUUACUUUUCAGCAGCAUAUUUUCUAUGCAAAAAUAAAGAGGCUCCUGUCAAUCAAAAGUGAGCAUUAUGAUCUUGUACUGGAUCCCAUAAGACUAGUAUUACGGAUCCUUCCUCUGCAGCGUUCUUUAUUAGAUUCCCUUCCCGUCAAAACCCAGUGGGCAUUAUCUUCAAACACAAAAGGAGAAAGGACAGACUGGCCGCUCUAAGCCAAAAAUCCCAAAGUGCGGUCACUGGGAGAAUGCCUUUUGGGAUCGCAAAAAGGAUGGAAAGUCGGCAGAGGGGAAAGCGGAGCCAAGCUUUUUGGGUCAGCGAGCCAGCGGCAGCCUUUUUAGCGGAGGAAGAAGAGGAGGAUGAAGAAGGGACCUGAACCUUUGAUCUCAAACAGGUUUUGGGCGACGACAUGGUGUUACGCAACAUUUUACGGCAUUUCUUUUACAUUAACAGCAGCUGUUAUGCAACUUAUAGGAAGUGUUUGACUGCAUCUCGGCUCGUCUACGUUACACACACUUCCUGUUAUUCUCACACACACACACACGCAGUCAGAUGGUGGCAUUCCUCACGUUCAUCCCGCUUGGUGUCGUUCUGUAGUAAAGCCGCCAUGGGACAAAA